GAUGGGCUGCUCGGCUGACUACACUCCGAGGAGGAGAGGGCGAAGCUGCCAAGUAGCACGUCGCGCGCAGCCCACCUCAGUACAAAGGGCUGCUGCCUGCUUUCCCUCAGCUUUCUGAGGCGGAGGCGGCCGCUGUAUCACCGCACCGCUGCGGUAUUUGGCCGGUUCUAGAUUUGCUGGGAGCGAGAAGAGGCUUGCACCCCGGUUCUUCAGCUCUUCGGUUCCUUUCCUUCCUGAUGGUAUCCAUUGGCGCUGGGUGGGGAAAGCCCAGGUCGCUUGGAAGAACAAGCAAGAAUCAAACACUACAAGUGAUGGAUUUUCACCUCUCAGUCUUCUAGAGUUGACUACAAGAGGGAUUUCUUGGUGAUCUAUCGGUAAAAUACGUGUACAUAUUCAGAUGACUCUGGGACAUUUUUUGCAUCAAUAAUGAAAGGAUUAUCUGGCAGUCGCAGUCACCAUCAUGGGGUUGCCUGUGAACCUGUAUGUGAUUCUCUGCUACAUCACUCAGAUAGGAAGCCAUAUUUGUUAAAUCCUAUGGACCAUCAUCCUGCAGAUCAUACUUACUAUAAUCAAAGAAACUCUUUUCAAGGAGAAUGCAUGGCUCCAUACAGUGAUCAGAUUGCUAGCAGCACAUUUCCUCGGAGACAUUAUAAUUCCCACAAAGAACUUAAGGAUGAAUGUGCUUUGGUGCCACAUGGAACAACCAACAAAGGUAAUCGCAUCCCUGCCAAUCUUUUGGACCAAUUUGAAAGGCAGCUUCCUCUUAAUAGAGAUGGCUACCAUACUUUACAGUACAAAAGGACUGCUGUAGAACAUCGUAGUGAUAGUCCAGGAAGGAUCCGCCAUUUGGUGCAUUCUGUUCAAAAGCUUUUCACAAAAUCUCAUUCUCUUGAAGGCCCAUCAAGGGGCAGCAUCAAUGGAGGCAAAUCAAGCCCAGAAGACACACAGAGUAUAAGAUAUGGCAAACGUAGCAAAAGUAAAGAUAGAAGAUCAGAUGGAAAAUCCAGGUCAAAUGCAUCUGGAUGGUGGAGUUCAGAUGACAAUCUAGAUAAUGAUGUUUGUAUUUAUCGUGGACCAAGUGGGAUAAUGACUAUGGGAAGAUGUCCCGACCGUUCCACUUCUCAAUACUUUAUGGAAGCCUAUAAUACUCGAAGCGAACAUACAGUAAAGCCUUCCAGAAGCAAUAAUGAUGUUAAAUGUUCUACCUGUGCAAAUCUGCCUGUAAAUUUGGAUGCUCAGUUAAUGAAAAAAAGCUCUUGGUCCUCUACUCUGACAGUAAGCAGAGCUCGUGAAGUUUAUCAAAAAGCUUCUAUGAAUAUGGACCAGACAGUUCUGAAAUCAGAGACUUGUCAACAGGAACGGUCCUGCCAAUAUCUUCAGGUACAGUAUAUGUCAUUUAUUUGA